AUGGAGAGCAAUUCUGGUGAAAAGAUGGAUUAUAGUGCUUGGAGCCAGGAGAAUUUAAUUCAGCGCGUGACACAGCUUGAAGCUGAGUUGAAGGCUCAGAAUCGAAGCUUAAUAUCUACACCUCCUCCUCCUGUAGAGAAGAAAUCCUGGAAAAAGCCACGCAAUGAACGUGUCUUCGACCCCUCAAAAUACAACACCCGUCUCAUUGCGCUCAAGCUCGCCUACCUCGGGAAACGCUACAACGGAUUCGAGCACCACUCCAACCAAACCACUCCUCUUCCUACCAUUGAAGAGGAGCUCUGGAAAGCGCUGAAUAAAGCGAGGUUGAUCUUUCCGCAAAGAGCGAAUCCGAUGAGUCCUGGGGAGGUGAAUUGGGAGGGUUGUGAGUAUAGCAAGUGUGGAAGGACUGAUAGAGGGGUGAGUGCUUUUGGACAGGUUAUUGGGAUUCGGGUGAGGAGUAAUAGGCCGUUGCCGAAGAAGAAAAAGGGAGCUGUGGCCGAGGGCGCGGAGGAAGUAGAGAAGGGCCCGGCCGCGAACGAAUUUAACACUCUCCCUCGAGAGAACGCUGUCGAGAUGGCGUCUCCAGCUCUCGCGCCGUCAAGACCUAAAUCCAAGGGCCUUCCUUCAGAAUCUCUUGGACUUGACGAUCCGGAUUUGGAAGAGACCCUCAACUUCGACCCUGUUGGGCAGGAAAUUCCCUAUCCUUCCCUUUUGAACCGUCUCCUGCCUCCAGAUAUCAGAAUCCUAGCCUGGUGCCCAGCACCACCACUCGACUUCUCAGCACGCUUCUCCUGCCGCGAACGCCGCUACCGCUAUUUCUUCACGCAGCCAGCCUUCGUACCAACUCCUCACCAUCUGGAGCACCCUUCCUCAAAUUCCCCAAAAGUGAAAGAUGGUUGGCUGGAUAUAGCUGCUAUGAGGGAAGCAGCAAAAAUGUUCGAAGGACUACACGAUUUCAGGAAUUUCUGUAAGAUUGAUGCUGGGAAGCAGAUCAGUAAUUUUGAGCGGAGGAUGUUCUAUGCGGAUAUUGAGGAAGUGGAGGACUCGACGAAUGAGUUGGGUUUUGUUAAUGGAACGGAAUUUGUCCCUUCCGGAAGUUUGGAAAAGGUAUAUCCAAAGAUUUACACGUUUAACUUGCAUGGAUCUGCAUUUUUGUGGCACCAGGUACGGUGUAUGGUUUCUAUCUUGUUCUUGGUUGGACAGGGUUUGGAAAAGCCUUCUAUUGUCUCGGAGCUUUUGGAUGUGGAAAAGAACCCUAGGAGGCCGACGUAUGAGAUGGCGUCAGAUACGCCACUUGUGCUCUGGGAUUGCAUUUUCCCAAGAGAAGAUGAUCCGGAGAGGAAGGAUGCUAUGCAGUGGUUGCAUGUUGGUGAUGGUCCUGCAGCUGGGGGUGCAAAAUAUGGAACUACGGGCUUAAUGGAUGAUCUGUGGAAGGUUUGGAGAGAGAGGAAGAUUGAUGAGAUGUUGGCGGCGAGUUUGGUUGAUACUGUGUCCAGGCAGGGGAACAGGGUAGAGGAGUUGGAAGCGGGGAAUGGGAAGAAAGGGAGCAAAAGUCAGAAGGUAUUUGAUGGUGGGAAUGUCCCGAGGCUGCAGGGUACUUAUAUUCCUGUGAUGAAGAAGCCGGUGAUGGAUGCCGUGGAUGUCAUUAAUGAGAAGUACGCAGUGCGGAAGGGCUUUGAGAGUGCUGAAGACUUGAAGUUGCAGGGAUUUAGGAGGUUAGGUAAAUCUUCUGGAGGAGAGACGCCUAUCGCUGAAGAUGCAGAUGAAUAG